UUCGAUGCUCUUCCUGUUUCAGGGCGUUAAUGCGCAUCCAGCAACUCGAAGCUCCGGAGGAAACAAGUCUCUGCGGCCCAGGACACGACACGUCAGGUCCGAGGAGGAAACAGCGGCUCCGAAGGAAAACUCAACCCAGGGAAACAGUCUGGGACUCGGCAGUAACCAUGGUGGGCGAACGCCGCAAUGGGAACCUGCUGGUCCAGCUGGGCCCGAAGUUGCAGGCGUAUCCCGAGGAGCUGAUCCGCCAGCGCCGAACCCAUGAUAGCCAAACUGAGUACCUGAUUCGUUGGUGCCUCGUCACCAUCGAUGACGGCUCCAGCUCUGCGGGCGGGGCCAGGGAGACAGGUGGGGCGAGUGGUGGCAACUCUGGAGUGGGCGGGUCCAGCAGCUCCACAUCAGGUGAAUCCAAAUCAGAGAACAUCCUGAUGUGGAUGUCGACAGAGGAUGUGUAUGCCAACUGCCCCACUCUGCUGGGUAAGAGGAAAACAGACCCACAGCGCCCCCUGCAGCUACAGGAGAAGCAGCAGGGCGGUGAGACAUCAGAUGGAGGCCAGAGGAUCGGUGGCGACGACUUCCCAGCCGACGCCACCUUUGAUGAGGUGGAGCUGUCGGACAUGAAGGAGGAUGUGAAGAACCUGGUGCGUCGGGCAAGGAAGCAGAUGGCAAAAAAGAGCGAUUUCUCCAUCAGCAUCACACACACCAUCCACGUGCUUAGUGCCUACGCCAGCAUCGGCUCGCUGGUCGGCGUCUUCAAGGAAACCGGCGCCCUCAACCUACUGAUGGAGCUGCUGUGCAACAAGGAGACGCAGACCAGACGCAGUGCCGGGAAGAUGCUCCGCGCGCUGGCCUCACAUGACGCAGGAAGUCGAGCGUACGUCCUCCUGUCUCUUAGUCAGCAGGAUGGCAUCGAGCAGCACAUGGACUUCGACAACCGCUACACGCUACUGGAGCUAUUUGCCGAAACCACGUCCUCAGAGGAGCAUGGCAUCUCCUUCGAGGGGAUUCACCUGCCUCAGAUUCCAGGAAAGCUACUGUUCUCUCUGGUAAAGCGCUACCUGUGCGUCACAUCUCUCAUGGACAAACUCAACACGACGGGGACAGAUUCUAGCUCUGAAAGACAGGAUGCCAGCCCCUCCCCCGCCUCCACCAGCACUGGCCACCAUAUGGAGCACCUACGGGUCCAGAGGGAGUUUGACUUCACCAUGGCAAUGGCCAAUCUGAUCUCAGAGCUGGUCCGAGUGAUGGGCUGGGACCGCAACCGCCUGCUCCCCGACGGCUCUGCAUACUGCCUCGGAGGAGGAGUCUGCGGGGAAGAGCAGGUAGAGGAUCCGUCUCACCCUGUCCUCAGGUCCAUCUUCCAACCUAGAUUCUGCACCUCCCCCAUUGCUCUCCCCAUCAACUCUUCCGUCGCAGUGCCUGCCAUUACACCGCCGAAGAAGAAGUUGGGAAACGGAUUCAAAACACGUUCCGACUUUGCUUGCCGUUCGGCCUACGUGGAGUACGUCCAGGACAACCUGAAGAGCGGCAUGAUGGUCCGCAUGCUUGAGGACUACGAGGAGGUGAGCGCUGGGGACGAAGGAGAGUUUCGCUACAGCAAUGACGGCUCGCCACCUGUUCAGGUGUACUGGAACUCACUGUCCAGAACGUACUGGGUCCACUGGCACAUGGUGGAGAUCCUGGGCAGCGGCAGCAGCACUCAGGCCGAGAAAGAAACGCAGGAAAAAGCCUCGUCCCUCACAGAGACACUCAAACUCACCGCAGUGAGUCAGACAUUCUUCUCAAAGCCGCCAGGUGGUCUCUACUCGCUGCCGUACCUUUUGGAGGGUCUGCAGGCAGAGCCUGCAGCACUGAGCCGAGCAGAGUGGUGGGAGAUCGUCUUCUUCAUCAAGAAGCUGGAGCCGAAACAGCAAAAGGAAGUGAAUGGCAUCCUGCUGCAGAGCCUUGAUGAGCAGGACAGACACCUGGAAGACUCGUCCCUGAUCAGUCUGUCCGUCCCUGGAGACGUGGCUAAGAAGUUGCUUCAUUACCUGAAGCAGAACCUGCCGUCGUCAUGUCUGAGCGACCUGCUGUGCUCCCACGCCUUCUCCAAACACUAUUUGAGGAGAGGAGGAGGACGUCUAGAGGGCGAAGAGCUGCUGGCUGAAAGCUCUCUGGUUUCAUCAGUGCUGGGAGGAGGAGGAGCACCAGGCUCCUCGUCUUCAUCAGUUAUGGCCUCAGUCUCAAAGAAACCGAAGAAGGAGGUUCCUGCCGAUUCAGAGACGGAGAGCGAGCUGCCAGCAGAGGACGACAGAGAGCUCCCUGAUGACCUGGAGCUCAAGAUCACAGUGUUUAAUAACCCACUGGUCCAAGGGAAGAAGACGGCGUUAGAGAAGAUGGGAGAGGUGGUGGACAUCUUGAAGAAGGGGGGGUCAGGCUCAGACCAGACGCAGCAGCUCGCCGCUGUGCUCUUUAUCACCAGACUGAUGGAGGAGAGAGGAGCGCAGGAGAAAAACUACAUGAGGAGCGAAUCUGCUCAGACCAUACGGGACAAGGUUCUGAAGCUGCUCGUGGAGCUUCUGUCGUCAUUGUGCAAAGACGUAGUGAUCAGCACCCUGAGACUCAUUCACCUCCUCAUGCUGAAAUAUGAGUGGAGAGUUUCCUUUGCCACUGAAGGUGGAGUCAAAGCAAUCCUGUCAUGCAUGCAGGGGUUCUCGUCAGUCACACAUGUUCAGCAGCUGGCACUCGCG